UACACCCGAGGAACAUUCUCAGAUCUUUGCUCUAUUGUGUCGUUGGUGACUUUUUCUGCUGGGGGGACUGGAGUCCUCUCUCUGAUCUGUGAGGAUUUUCCCAGUGCUUUGAGAACCAAAAGAGAGCAGGCCAGACAUUAGUGGUCUGAUCAGCGUGUUACGGAGUCAGUGGGAAUGUACCGUGUCCACUGAUGCACCUGUUUAUGGGAAGUGCUCCGGGCACCAGAAGAAUGGACCAGCCCGAGAAUCUCCUGCAUUCAGAGGAGGACAGGAGGAGACCGCAGGACGAGGACAGGAGGAGAGCAGAGGAAAGGAGACCAGAAGAGGAUGGAAGGAGGAGAGCAGAGGAGAGGAGAGCAGAGGAGGACAGGAGGAGGAGAGCAGAGAAGGAGAGGAGGAGAGUGCAAGAGGAGAGGACCAGGUUGAUCCAUGUAGAAGCAUCUCGGGGACAAACUGGUUCAGCAGACAGCCAGGCGUCAGACUUGCUGCCGUGCUCAGAGUCACCAGAACAAAGCUCUACUAUAAAGUGCAAGAGAUAUGGGUCGCGCCUGGGCGGGGUCAAAGUUCGCCACAGGAGACAGGCCCUGCAGGACAUGGCAAGACCCCUGAAACAUUGGCUGUACAAGCACCGGGACAACCCCUACCCAACCAAGACCGAGAAGCUGCUGCUGGCCCUGGGCUCCAACAUGACCCUGGUCCAGGUGUCCAACUGGUUUGCCAACGCGCGGCGACGCCUGAAGAACACGGUGAGGCGGCCGGACCUGAGCUGGGCGCUGAGGAUCAAACUGUACAACCAGUGUAUCCAGGGCAACGCCGAGAAGCUCAGUGUGUGCAGCGACGACUCUGAAGAUGAAGAAUGUCCCUUGGAGACUGCCGUCAGCCAGCAGUGUGACAUCAGCCGGUCCUCGUCCCUGAAACACGAAGAGGACAACCGGCUCCUCCGUCGGGCCGACUCCACCCACAGCGACGGCAGCCUCUCGCCGCCCUCCAAGUACAAGAGCGGCCUGCUGCACCGCUACCUCAGCGACCGCCGGCGGCCGGCGGGCACGCCGCACCCCGCUGACGCUGCCAAGGCCCGGCGCUCGCGGAGCCGCUUGGAGGAAUCGUUCAGCUCCGCCGAGGGCGAGCAGCAGGCGCUCUCUCCCGCCGGCUCCUCGGAGAUGGAGACAGAGUUUGUCUGCCACGUGGAGAGCAGCAGCGGGGCCGAGGCCAGCAGGAGAGGGAGGGCUGGGGAGAGAUCCACGCUGCCAUGGCUCUGACCAACCUGGCCCAGGGCCAGCAUUUGUGUCUGUCCCCCAGCACCCCAGGACAGAGCUGCACCGGGGGACCUACCAGUAGCGCAAUUAC